AGAAGAAGCAACAGCUAACGGACAGAAAUAGAAGAGAGAUGGCUCAGAGAAGAACCAGUGGAACCAACCUCUUCAUGACAGUGUUGUGUGUGGUGGCAAUGUGCAGAGCCGUCCCCAUCAACGAACUGUUCGAGCGAGCCUCUCAGCACUCUGACAAACUGCACUCUCUCAGCACGACGCUCACCCAGGAGCUGGACUCUCACUUCCCUCCUAUAGGCAGGGUGAUCAUGCCGCGGCCUGCAAUGUGCCACACCUCCUCUCUACAGACGCCCAUUGACAAGGACCAAGCACUUCAAGUGUCAGAGUCAGAUUUGAUGUCCCUGGCUCGCUCCCUCCUCCAAGCCUGGUCAGACCCUCUCGUAGUCCUGUCCUCCUCCGCUAGUACCCUGCCUCACCCAGCACAAAGCACCAUAUUCAACAAGAUCCAGGAGAUGCAGCAGUACUCCAAAAGUCUCAAGGAUGGCCUGGAUGUACUAUCUAGUAAGAUGGGUUCACCUGCUCAGGCCAUCACUUCACUGCCCUACCGAGGAGGCACCAACCUCGGCCAUGACAAGAUCACCAAGUUGAUCAACUUCAACUUUCUGCUGUCCUGCCUCCGUCGGGACUCUCACAAGAUUGACAGCUUCCUGAAAGUCCUGCGCUGCCGGGCAGCAAAGAUGCAACCAGAGAUGUGCUGAAGAGUGGGUGUCCAGCCUGACUCUGUGGGGAGAUUGUUCUGAAAGCUUGUAUUGCCUAUAGAAUUAUACAUGGUACUAUAUUCCCACCUGCUGAUUAGUUUUGGAACACGAGGAUAAGGAGGAGUUAUAAGGUACAAAAACACAUAAAAAUUGACCUUCUUGCUCCGUUUCUCAGUGUGUAUGUAUAAAUUAAAGCUGCUUUCAGCUGUUGCCUUAUUCUCAAGGGGUUACCACAGUGGGCCACUCCCCAUGUUUAAAUGUGUUUUAUGCUGGAUGUCCUUCCUGAUGCAACCCCAAAGAAGUUUGUGUCUCCUCCUGGGAUUAUGCCAGGAGAUCUUUUGCUUGUUUAUGCACAUGUGCAAACCUCUACACUAUGGAGGAUUGUUAAAUAGUAGCCUUAAAGGUUAACAGAUUUAAAGUAUAGGAAGGGGAGCUGCAGGCUGUUGUCUGACCUUAUGAUGGAGAUGGAGCACCUACCAAUUUUUAUUUCCAGCUGGCCUGGCAUUAUGAAGUGACCACACGGUGGCCACGAAUGGAAGCAAAUCAGUGUGUCAGCCUGUGACUCCUCCUCAUCCUUUUGUUCUGUUGAAGCAGUAUCCCCACAAAGUCAUACUACUAAUGGAGAAAAUGAGUGGAGAAUGUUUUCUUCCUAACUAAUGCUUAAUUAACUGCAGCAUUUGCACUUUAGAUUAAAUGACAUCUUUUAAAAAGCAUUGUUACCUCAGUGCCUUUUAACUGAACUGUUUCUUUUAAAUCUGUAUUUCAAUAAAGUUUUUCUUGCACAGUA